UGCCAGAGAAGGGACACAGCUUUCAAUGACAGAUGUUGAACAGUUUCGCCUGGAUAAAGUGAUUGUUUUUGGACAAAUACGUUACUAUUUCCAACAAUUUUUGUAAUUGCCUUACAAAAAGAAUAAACGUGUGAGGAAGGGAAUGGUGAAGAUGUCCUCAAGAACAGAAAGACAAUCAACUUGUUGACAGUCAGUCAAGUGUUGAACUAUAUGAAAACAGACAGAUCGCUCAGGGAACGACAAGGAGACAACAACUACCAAUAACAUUUCCCACACAUGUUGAACAUUCAAAUACUGUGGUAUUACCAGCAUUUUAGAUAACUAGUUGUGAACUUUUGCAGAGCUUUCGGACUUAAGUCGGCUGUCUCUCAGAUAGCAGCUAGCUAUGUUUCCUCUAGAUUCUACGUGGAACAUUUCCUUUGCAGGUUGCGGUUUCUUGGGGAUCUAUCAUAUCGGUGUAGCGAGUUGUCUACUGGAACAAUGUCCUUUUCUAGUCCACAACGCCCGCCACAUCUACGGCGCAUCGGCAGGGGCGCUCACCGCAUCUGCGCUGGUCACCGGAGCGUGUUUAGGUGAGGCAGGUGCCAACAUCAUUGAUGUGGCUAAGGAUGCCCGGAAGCGUUUCCUAGGGCCUAUGCACCCAUCCUUCAACCUGGUCAAGAUCAUGCGUAACAUGCUGUAUAAAACCCUGCCACCCGAUGCCCACCACAGUGCCACAGGGAGGCUGGGCAUAUCACUGACCAGGGUGACCGACGGAGAGAACGUCUUGGUGUCCCACUUCAACAGCAAGGAGGAGCUGGUGCAGGCCUGUGUCUGCAGUGCCUACAUCCCUGUGUACUGUGGACUGAUCCCCCCUACACUACAGGGUGUGCGUUACGUGGACGGUGGUAUCAGUGAUAAUCUGCCUCAGUAUGAGCUAAAGAACACCAUCACUGUGUCUCCGUUCUCUGGAGAGAGUGACAUCUGUCCUAGAGAUAGAUCCACCAACAUGCAUGAACUACGAUUCACCAACACCUCCAUCCAGUUUACACUCACCAACCUCUACAGAGUGUCCAGAGCUCUGUUCCCCCCUGAGCCACAGGUUAUGAAGACCAUGUGUAAACAGGGAUAUAAAGACGCCCUCCACUUCCUGAAGAAGAACGGACUUCUGAAUCACCCAGGACCCCACAGACCUCUGAUAGCUGACGGUGAGGAUGAGGAAGAUGACAUCAUGAAUGAUGAUGAUGACGAAGAGCACGAGGAGCAUCAUGUAGAGAACGAGAUCAGACCCAGCGAGGAUGGGGUAGUGGUAAACCCCUCCCAAUCCAAAUCCGCCGUUGAGGAUCACAUCUUCGAGCAUCUGCCACCCAGACUACACAAAGCUUUGGUGGAAGCCUGCAAGGAGAGAUACAGUCUGGUCCAGUCGCUAAGCAACCUGCUGCCAGUCAGGAUGAUGACGACUAUGAUGCUUCCCUACACCCUCCCCCUGGAGUCGGCUCUGUCCAUGACUGUUAGACUGUUAGAAUGGCUGCCUGAUGUGCAGGAGGACGUAGGAUGGAUUGGAGAACAAACGAUGAAGAUGCUACAGUGUGCUGUGACACGAGCCACCAAGACUGUGUCCAACAGGGUCUCUGCAAAGUUUUCCUACCAAUUCGAGCUGCGUCACUGCCAGUCGCUGCCUGCCCAGCUCAUCCCUUCCAGCCUGCUCCCAAGAUGGGUGAGUGGAGGCAGCUCCUCUAUCCUGGAUGUUAUCAGUCGUUUGGACCAGUACCAGAGGCAGCUACUGCCGGGCUUCUUCUGUGUUAACCUGGACCUCCAGGGUUCCUUCUACACCGGGGGGCCCACGGGAAGGAGCCCAGUCCCAGGAGGGUCCACCAGAGCUGGGAAAGGAGGACCAGCCCUGGCCCUUACAUCCCCCAUCAUAAACCCAGAGGAGGUAGAGGGGAUGGGGCUGAUGAUGAGGAGGCUGAGUGAAAACCACAACUCUACUGUGGCUCUUCCCGCCUCACUAUAGUAAUAUAAUGUCAUUCAGGAGACACUGAGGGCCCCAUUUAGUAUUACAGACAGAUUCUAAUAACAAGCCAGGUAGACAGGUAUAACAGGUAUAAGAGCCAGGUAGACACCUUCAAAUAAAAAGGGACAGUAUACCAA